AUGAAACGGAAAAUACGUGCUUCUAGUGGGGUUCGACUUUUGUGCAUUUUUACAAUCGGUCUCGCAACUUAUGUUCUCUUAUCUCAAGUGAUCCCAAUACAACGUGCUAUUAAUGAAAAAGAAGCCCAAGAAAUAAAAAAAUACUCAUUUUGGCAGAAAAAUGAGGAGAUAUUGCAGAGUUCUAGAGCUCAAUUCAAGGACUGGCACGAUGUGGACGCGAUGGAAAGAGAAGCAACUCGCACAGGACCUGGCGAGCGCGGUGAACCGGUAUACAUUAAUGAUCCAUCGAAGCUGCAGCUGAAACAACAAAUGACCAAAAAAAAUGGAUUUAAUGCGUUGUUAUCAGAUGUGAUUUCUGUUAAUCGUUCAGUGCCGGAUAUACGUUUCCAUGGAUGCCGAAUGAUGAAAUAUUUUGCCGAUUUGCCAACUGUUAGCAUAAUAAUACCCUUCUACAACGAACACUUCAGCGCUUUGUUACGAUCUUUGCAUAGUGUUGCCAAUCGUACACCACCUGAGUUGAUAAAAGAAAUAAUACUCGUUGAUGAUUUCAGCGAUCGAGUCGAGUUAAAGACACAGCUCGACGAAUAUGUUAAAAAGGAUUUUCCGAAAGUAGAUAUUAUACGAUUACCAAAGCGAAAGGGACUGAUCUUGGCGCGUCUGGCUGGCGCAAUUAAGGCUGUCGGGGACGUUUUGGUUUUCAUGGAUUCACACAUAGAGGCCAACUAUAAUUGGCUGCCUCCACUGCUGCAUCUAAUUGCUCAAGAUAAGCGUACAGUUGUAUGCCCCAUGAUCGAUGUGAUUAACGACGAAACCUUCUCGUAUACUGCUCAAGAUGAAGGUGCACGUGGCGCAUUCGAUUGGACACUCGAUUACAAGCGGCUUCCUAUGUUGGAACGGGAUUUGAAAGAUCCCACCAAACCUUUCGAGAAUCCUAUCAUGGCGGGUGGUUUGUUCUCCAUAGCACGAGAAUGGUUUUGGGAGUUGGGAGGAUACGAUGAUGGUUUAGAUAUAUGGGGUGGAGAGCAGUACGAUUUAAGUUUUAAGAUCUGGAUGUGUGGCGGAAGACUACUGGAUGUGCCAUGCUCACGUGUCGGGCAUAUUUUUCGAAACGAUAAAUGGCCUGGUGUACCAAAUAAUCGUAAAGGCGACUACUUACAUAAGAACUAUAAACGCAUUGUUGAGGUAUGGAUGGACGACUACAAAAAGUAUGUCUAUCAGCAUGCACCAGGUUUGUACGAAAAAAUCAAAGAAGGCGAUUUAACAGAGCCAAAAGCAGUGCGGCAGAAUUUAAAUUGUAAAUCAUUUAAGUGGUUUAUGGAGAAUGUUGCUUUUGAUUUGGUGAAACAUUAUCCCCCGAGAGGCACUGCCGAUUUUGCAUUUGGUCAAGUGCGCAGUGUGGGAGCACCGAAUCUUUGUCUGGACACAUUAGGCCCACCGGACUACGGGCCGAUCGGAAUUAAGCAGUGUGAGGAGGACGCGUUUUUUCCCAGCCGCAAUCAGGACUGGUCCCUAAGUGAAAAUCAUGAUUUGCGCAUGCGUGGUGAAGACUACUGCUUGCAGACAACACAGAGAAAGGGAAACUCAAUGGUGUUGAUCUAUGAUUGCCACAUUGGUGAUACCGACCAGUUGUGGUAUUAUAACCGUAAAAUGCAGUGGCUGGUUUACGGGAAAAACAGGAAUUUUUGCUUAGAAGCUCGACCUGAUUUCCAUCAAGUUGUUGUUGAUAGGUGUGCCCUUAACAAUCCAUUAAUGAAAUGGGCUUUUGUUCACGUAAAUGAAACAUUGCUCGAUAAGUAUUUUGACACUCUUCCCAAAUAG